AUGGGAGGCGUGGUGAGCUCGGAGGACGAGAGCAGAAAAAGGGAUGAAGAGGACGAAUCAGAAGAUGAAGAUUCUAUAGAAGACUCUGAUGACUCCGGCGACAGCUCAGAAGAAGAAGACGACUCUGAGGAAGAAGAUUCCGACGACGAUUCUGACGAGGACGGGGAGUUAAUAGAAGAAGUCGAUUCUGACACGAGUUUUUUCGGCGAAUCGGACACGACAGAUUCGUCUGAUGAAGAUUCGGAGGACGAGGAUGACUUUAUCAAGCGAGAGGUUAUCAUCACUGAAAACAUGCUCGUUGGAUUCGGUCUGCCGCUGCUGGAGAUCAAGGCCAAAGUUGGAGCCGGUUAUUUAGACAGAUUUGAAUUGACUGCUGGUUCUCGAUCCGUCGCCGGCGAAAAACAGAUCUCCCUUUACGAUGAACUAUGUGGCUGGUUUUCAACGGAAUUCCUCCCCGGCGGAGGAGCCCUAAAUGUGGUCCGGGUAGCACAGUGGAUGCUUCCUCUCCCCAAAGUCACCUCCAUCAUCGGCGCCGUGGGAGCUGAUGCUAAUGGCAAGCGUAUUUCCGAAGCCUGCGCCGCUGCCGGCAUCGUGCCCCUCUUUUACGAGCAAGAAAGCGACUCCACCGGCUGUGUGGCGAAAUUGUCCGUCGAUUCCAGCAGCGUUACUCAAAUUACUCACCUGUCAGCAGGAAACGCUUACUCCAAACAAAGACACUUGGACUUGGAGGAGAAUUGGAACCGAGUCAAGGAAGCUGAAUACUUUUUCAUUCCCGGCCUUUUCCUAACAGUUUGUCCUGAAACAGCACUGGCAGUCGGUGAGAUGUCCUCUGAAAAGGGAAAAACCUUCGCGCUAACACUUGGAAAUCCCCAGCUCUGCCGACUGUACAAAGACACUCAACUGGCAGUCCUUCGAUACGUCGACUUUUUGUUCACCAAUGCAGAGACUGCCGUGGCCUUUGCCCAAGAAAAUGAGUUUGAAACGACAGAUCUUGCAGAAAUUGCGCGAAAAAUGUGCCUUCUGCCCAAGGUCAACUCGAACAAACCGCGCGUAGUCGUCAUUACACAGGGAGUUGGGCCGACAGUAGUUGCUCGAGGAUACGAUGAAGUGCACGAAUUCGAAGUGGACGUGAUCGAGAGCAGUUCUGAUCCUUCAGGCCUCGGCGAUUUCUUCAUCGGAGGUUUCCUCGCUCAAUUAGUGCAAGGCCACGGACUUGAACGAUGCGUGGAAGGAGGCCACUUCACCGCCCAGGAACUUCUGCAAAACGGAAACGAACUAGCCGGCGCUUGUCCCUUCGAAUAA